AUGAGUCGGAUGACUCGACCGUUGAGUCCCACGCGUACUGUAGGAAGAGAAUUGUAUUAUGAUCUUGGUAUAUGCUACCAGAAUCUUCUUCUUAUCCUUUGCGCCAUUCCCAACUACAGGAACAAGGCACAAGCUAAACGCCACCCACUAUUGCCCACUUUCUCUCUCAACCUCACUGUAAUGGCGCCACAUAGUAGUUCGCCGCUGUAUCACAACAACCUCUUUACCGUGAAUUCGAAACGCGCCAAUUCGAUGUUCCUCCUCCGGAACUCCUUUUCUCACUCUAAUUCUCCCAACUCUCGAUCCCUUUUCUCUGUUGUACCCUCUAUCAAUCAGCUGCCGUUAGUCUCAAGAACGACGGUUCCAUGUGCCCCCAACACGAAAGUUUCUACAGCGCUGGUGGAGUACGCGCCGCCGGCGCCGGAAUCCGGUUUUUUUAAGCAGGAAAUUUCUCGGCUGAGAAGGCUGAGAGAAGCUCUACCUUGCUGCCAGACAUUGGCGGAGAAGUCGAGGGCCAUUGACUCUGAUUCUCGAGUUGAGUCGUUUGUGAGGUUGCGUGGUAAUGAUUUUGUUGGGGAAAGUCUGAGUGAGCACGACAUGUAUUUGUUGAAAUGCGUGGUGGCAGCUGGCCAGGAGCAUGUGCUGGGUGAGUUUGGGAUAGGUUUGGACGGUGUGGAGCGUGAGGUGGGGAGGGGUUCUAUCAAGAGCACCCUUUACGCGUUAGCUGAAAUGAUCGAUAAUUGGGAUGGCCAUGGUGGUGGUAGGAGAAAAGGUCUGAAAGACGAAGACAGAAAAGCAUUGAGGUCGCUGCUGAAGAUGCUUGGAGAUGUUGAGGAGUUCUAUGACUGCAUUGGUGGAAUAAUUGGAUAUCAGAUGAAAGUUUUCGAGCUACUUGCUCAAUCAACUGACGCAAGGGAAACUGUUAAUUGGUCCCAGCAAACAAAUAAAUUAUUAAAAUGUCCAUUUGUGGAAAUUCAUCCUCCCUCUGUUAUUGAUCUUUCUAAAGAUACUGAAUAUGCAUCUCAGGCUGCUCUUUUGGGAAUUGAGGUCAGUAAACAAUUUCUUUUUCCGGAGGUUAGAAUUGUAGAUUUGAUUUUCAUUUGUUAUAAAUUAACCCAUUUUCAGGGUUUGCCUGAAUUAGGAGAAAUUUAUCCGCUCGGAGGGUCAGCAGACAGGCUUGGUCUGGUGGAUCCUGCGACAGGAGAAUGUCUUCCUGCUGCAAUGCUUCCUUACUGUGGACGAACUUUGUUGGAAGGUCUUAUUAGAGAUCUUCAGGCUAGAGAGUUCUUGUACUUCAAGUUGUAUGGGAAACAGUGCAUCACUCCUAUUGCAAUUAUGACUAGUUCUGCGAAGAACAACCAUGACCAUAUUACUUCUCUUUGUGAAAGGCUCAGAUGGUUUGGGAGAGGAUCGUCGAGCUUUCAAAUUUUCGAGCAGCCUCUUGUUCCAGCCGUUACAGCAGAAGAAGGAAAUUGGAUUUUGGCCAAGCCUUUUCAACCUGUGUGCAAGCCUGGGGGUCAUGGUGUGAUAUGGAAAUUGGCCCACAACAGAGGAGUUUUCAAUUGGUUUCAGAGUAAUGCAAGAAAAGGAGCAACUGUCCGACAAAUCAGUAAUGUUGUAGCUGCCACUGAUUUAACUCUGCUAGCUUUGGCUGGAAUUGGUCUGCGCCAUGGAAAGAAACUGGGAUUUGCCUCCUGUGAAAGAAAUGCUGGGGCAACAGAAGGCAUCAAUGUUCUUCUUGAGAAGAAAAUUGUAGAUGGAAAGUGGGCAUAUGGUUUUUCAUGUAUAGAAUACACUGAGUUUGACAAGUUUGGGGUCACUCUUGGGCCCCUUGCUCCCAGCAGGUUUCCUGCCAAUACAAAUAUUCUUUACGUGGAUUUACCUUCUGCUGAGGUUGUUGGAUCAAGUAAAAAAGAAAGCAGUUUGCCAGGAUUGGUUCUUAAUGCUAAAAAGCCAAUUACAUAUGUGGAUCAGUUUGGAAUGAAACACUGGUAA